CAGCAGUAAAUAUUUAGAUAUUUGGCGUGAAUCUUCCCUUUUGAAUCACAUACAACAUCCUAGAGAUAAACAAAUCCACAGUGCAUUAUGAACAGCCCCUUACAUCCUAACCGCCAUGCUGCCGUCUCGCCCUAAUCCUCCUCCCGCCUCCCCCGCUGUAAUCUGAUUAGCAGUGGAGUCUGCCAGCGUCUCCUCUGUGCAUCGGGGGAACUUGUGCGAUUAAAGACGAGGAGGUACCGGCAGCAGAUUUCCGGCCAGUCUGCGCGCCUCCUCGCUCCUCGUGCUCGCUUCUCGCGCUCGGGCCAUGGUCGCCGGCUCUGCCCCACGAUGCCGGUGUUCUACUCGCCUGUUCCCGAGAAGCUGCAGGUGGGUCUGGCCUACGUGGGAGGCUCCGUGUUCAGCAACAACAGGACGGCGGACAGCGACUUCUCCAGGGAGCAGGAGGACGCCUCCGUGGUGAACGAGCUGGUGUCCCACCUUCCCCUCCAGAUGCUUCUCUACUUCAACAUCUUUUACUUUCCCUGUUGGUGGUUUUCUGCUGUUUUCAUGCUGGAAGUGAAGUUCCACUAUCUCCCCGGAUACUACCAGGCUCUGCUCAUCACCGGCAUGAUCCUCCUCACCAUCAUCGAAGUGGUCCGGCUCUACCUGGGCUACGUUGGCAACCUCAGAGAAAAGGUGCCAGAACUGGCGGCCUUCUGCCUGCUGUCUUUCAUGUUCCAGCUGCCGGUGCUGCUGUUCUUCCUGACCGACGAGGGAAUCCUCAUCCUGCCCCUGGAGAGAGCCGUCCACUCCCUGUACCUCGCCUUCCUGCUGGCCCAGAUCCUGGCCUCCUUCCUGGCGCUGAGGACCAUGACCCGAAAGCUCACCUUGCUCUUCCACCUGCGGCAGUUCGGCAGGGUGGAGAGCCUCGGCCACGCGGGGAUGAGCCCCGUCUACGGGUCGCCCUGCCGCCGCCGCCGCGGCGCGCUGCCCGUGUCCCCCACCCACCACGUGCACCGUUAAAGGAGAAAGACGUCUUCAAUUAGCGACGCAUUACGGGUAAAUAGGGAUGGUAUUUAUUUAUUACGGUUUGUUCACACUCCGUCUACCUUCAUCGAAUUUUCUAUUUGCACAUUAAAAUAAAACAAGUGUUUUUCUA